GUCGCCGUACACUAUAUCAUCGAGUCGUGUCUAUGUUGUGCGGUUGCUGAUGUGUUCCCUCGUUGAUUCACGUGUCUCUUACUGGUCUUCCCUGCGCUUGCUCUGAUUUCUGUGGUCAGCAUUCUGGUCUCGUCGAGAUGGCCGACACAGGCGCCAUCGCGUCCAUUAUGGGCAUCGCAGGUGCUGGCUUCAGGCUCUCGCUUAUCCUGAAUGCUGUCAGCUGCGAAGUCGCUAAUACCGGUCCCGAAAUCCACAACAUCUCCAAGAGCGUGACUCUCUUCUCGAUGAUGCUUAAACAAACCGGCGGCGUCCUUCAGACUGUGGAUUCCGUCCAUUCGCGCGAAGCCGUCGAAACUGCAAAGUCGAUAGCGGAAGAGAGUACCCGGGUCUUGGAUGAAAUAAAUGACAUGUUGGAUCGUCUGCGAACAAAAUCCACCGACGGAGGUGCCGCUCCCUCUGUUCAGCAAAGGUUCAGGUGGUGUUUCAAGAAGCAUCGUGUGACAUACGUACUGGCGCAACUUGAGAGCUUGAAAUUGAGUCUGUCCGUCAUGCUGCAGAUCAUCCAACUGGGACAAUUGAUGGCCUCUACUUCUCGAAGUGAUCCUCCCGAAGAAGUCGCCAUCAAAACCGAAGCCAUAAAAGAAGAACGUGCUGCAGCACAAAAUGCUGUCAUUGUCCGCUAUUGGCAAAUGAGCAAGAUGGAUCGACUGUUCGAAGCGUCUCGAAAAGAAGAGGAGGAGGAUCGGCGAGCAAGCAUUGACAGUGAGGCAGCACAGGAUGUCGAUUCGUCCUUGGUCGAGACGGACGAGUCUCAAACAACACGCGAGCCUGCUCCUCCAGAAUAUGCACCCACGAAGGCGUUGAUCAAGCUUCCAGUGUUUUCUCUGGGCGAAUUGGACCAGACCCUUCACAGGAUUAAAGGUUCACCAAAAGACAUGAUCCAGGUAUCGGAUCAAGCCAUCGAUCCCCUACUCGAGAGGUGGACAAACUGGCGGGAGAUUCGGGAACGAAGACACCAUCGCGAUUCAGGCGUCCGCUUCGUUCCCUCGGUGCAAAAUCUCAACGAGGAAGAUGAAGACAGGCCAUAUUAUGAACGCUAUCGAGAGCGGGAAGACAGCCCUCGAGGCUACUACCUGGAAGGCACCACCACGGAUUGGAGAAAGCCCAAUUCAGCUGCUGCCCGACGUGAGGCGCGCCAAAAGAGAAAACAAUACGAAAACUACCAGCCUAGCGUGAGUGCUGCUAGUAGUGAUGUUGAAGACUCUCCUGGAAGCAACACGUCCAAAAAGCGAAGUGCUCGGCAUCAUGUCAUCGACUCCAGUUCCGAGUCUUCGGCAUCGGAAGCAGAUAUUGCUCAACCUAAACCAGCACGCCGGAGCAGCGGUGGGCCAACAGUAGAGCGCAAGACAUCAUUUCCUGAAGGCCAGCCCAGUACACACGGCCACACAGCUGUCCAACCUCCAACAUGGGUCGCUCCCAAUGCCGCGAAUGGCACCACUCGUCCGCCCUCGGUAACGUCAGCUCAAUCGACGGCAUCCAGGCUAUCUUCACCGGCUUAUAAUCCUCCCGGGCAUCGUCCUUGGGCAACGCCAGAUCAAAACAUGGGACAUCACAGCCUCUCGUCCCCACCUAUUUACACGACCAAUGCUCCAAAUAACCCGUACGCGCCGCAACAAAAUACUGGCUAUCCUCACUUCGUAGGCCAAUCCCAGCUGCAACCCUCAGCUUAUCUUCCACCAUCGAGUCCACAGUCGAGAUAUCUGCAACAGCCGACGAGUCGUGUGGCUUUGUCGGCGAGGCCGGGCUCUCAGGACGGAAAACAGCCUCGUUCACCUUCUCGCUUGUCGCAGCAUAGCACCACGCAGUACAGCACAGCGUCGCGCACACACACCAAAGGCGAUGGCGAGAAGCGACACCCAAGGGAGAAGUCAACUAGGCAAAAUCUCAAAGAGGGUGCCACUAAGGGACUACUUGGGGCCGGGGCAAUCGCGGGCUUCCUGGACGCGUUAGAAGGCCUGAGCCUUUAAAGUCCUCUUGGAUCUUGUCUUCUGCAUAUUGACUUGUUAAUCAGUGAUGCCAGUCACGAUGGAAACGAAUUUCACGAUGUAUAACAAUUAUUGGAUUACGAUAGUAAUCGAUGUCUGUGCUGGUCACGCAUUCACCGCUCAGCAAGUUGCGUUUCUUCCGCAUAUCCUGGUCCUCCUUCUUCGACAUGUGCUCAUUAAAAUGCGUCUUCGAUUAAGCCGUGGUCUCGUCUUGCGGACAAGGGAGUUCGUCAGCAAUUCCCAUGUCGCUGAUGGAUGCGCACCUUUAUUUGAUGCGGAAGAUCCCAGCAAAUCGAGAGUGAGGACAGCACAAGCUUUCUCGAUUGGGAGACGAUCUUGGACUGUUAAGGCUGGAUGUGAAACAUAUCCGGCAUCAAAGAACGAACCGGGGUGAAGAUCUGAGUUCCAAACUCGACAGGGAAUGUGACACGAGAAGUCUUCGAUCAGGAGCACAUCUCGUUCCACCGAUACAUUGUCGACGGAAGGCUUCAGUUCAAGGGCCGGUAAAUAUUCAAGGUCGCAACUUGUGACGAUGAGCCAGAAGUUCGUAUUCCAUCAUGGAAACGUCGCGAGACAACUCGACAGGCACCUUAGGUGACAAGCUCUGGGAAAUCAGCUAGAAGUUGAGACCCCACGGGCCACAAACUCGGGCAACAUGUGGCGCUGUCGUCCUACGUAUGUACUGUGAUUCUGCG